GGUGCGGUGAAGCGUAUCCAUUGGGCAUCUCAACCCGAUAUUUGCAUUUCGGUAUUUUAUUCGGUCACAAUAUACGUACCGAUUUGAUCUUUUUUCAUACGUAUGAUAAAACGUAUACACUUUUCCGUAUAUUUCAAUCGCUAAAAGUUCGUAAACGCGAAUAGUAUCGGCGUACAAUUGAAAUCAGAUCACACCGUCCUCAAAAUUUCACCGAUUUUCAUUGGUGGUAUUGAUUACUACGUUGUAAAUUUACGUACACGUUGAUUUGAGUUUUGUUCAUUCGAUUGGACAGGUGAUAUUGAGAAUAUACAUAAAAAAUGACUGAUUCGAUGCAAUUUGGUCCUGAAUGGUUACGUAACUUAUCACAACACGAAAACGAUAAUACAAUGGUAAUGCCAAAAUAUCAGUUAGCCGAACAUCGUUAUGGACGAGAAGAAAUGUUAGCUUUAUUUGAUAAAUCCGUCGCUGCUCCGGAGCCAUUACGAUCUAUUUCCGGGUUGUACGUGGAGAAAAUCCAGUUACCUUUGGCAUUAAUCCAAAUGUCUGAAGAAGAAACGCGAGUAUGGAACAGUAGCUCUACUCACGAUACAAAUCUGCGUGGAUUAAAUAAAUCUGUACCUGGUACUUUGACAAACAUAAAUCCAAUGGGAGGAGGUCCAGGAUUAGCUAGAGGUCGAGGCACUUCCGUUGAUAGGGGAAGAGGUCGAGGCACAAGAGGCCCCUAUCAUUAUAACAAUAGAAAUUAUUCGGAAGAUAAUACCGAUAGUUCACAUGCCAACACCACCUUCGGUAGACCAAGAAUUUUCGAUAGAAGUCAAAGUCAUACCAGCGAACGAAACUGGACAGAACGUAAUGGAAACGUAGAAUACAAUGAUUGGAAUGGUUACACUAAUAAUGUCGAAAAUGGUUUAUCUACCAGUCCUAGAAAAGAUUUUGGUUCCACUAUGAGAACAACUACGUCUAGAGAAGAUACAAAUUGGCGUAGAAGACCUGCUAAAGAAGAUGACGAUACUUGGAGAUCUACUAGGCAUGGUAGAGGCUAUACCAAUUGGAGGGAAAGUGGAGAAAGAGACCGAGAAAAAGAGAAAGAUCAAGAUGGACCAGAACCAGGUAAAGAUCGUAGAUGGAUGUCACGUGUCGUCAGCAUGCACGUAUCGGGUGGCCAUCCAAAUAGAAGAAAUUCCGAAUGUAGAGAAGAUAGCUUACCGGAAUGGGCUACCGAAAGUCCAAGCGAAGGUGGUGGUUCAUUUGAUUCAUCCGGAGCAUUCCAUGGAUCAAAUUCCGACGACGAAGAACACGAUAGAAAAGAAAAACCUAUUAACGAUUUGGAUAAAAUAUCAAAUAAAAGAGACGAUCGUAGACUGGAUGAAAAUCGCGUAAUUAGGGCAGAACAGAAAUUCUUGAAUGACCAGAAGAAAAAUAAAAUUAGAGAAAAAUCUCAUUCUCCGGCCAUGAACGAGAGUGCCAAAUCUAAAGAUCAAGACGCCUGUAAGGUGAAUUCGACUCCAUCGCCUCCUGCUUCGAGUUCGUUGAUUCGUGGCGAAUCGCCUAAUCUGAACAAUUCUUCGAGUUUAUCGCAACAUAUGCCUAAAUCUAUGAUGACGUCACAAUCUCCGGCGCCUCCGUCGACUGAUAUUUAUACCACUUUACAACAUCAUGUAAAUGCAUCCAAAGAAAUACCGCCUUCGCCUGUCGAUCCGCAUAAAUCUAGUCAAACGCAGAAACUCCAACAUGACAUGUCUCAUGGUAUCGAUAUGAUGAAUAGUUCCAAUAGCGGAUAUGAUUCCAAUUUCUCCAUGAAUCAUAACGAAAAUAAUCCUAUGUUGUCGAUGAAUGUUUCAAACUAUCAGAAUCUCCCCAACUCGAACGUUAAUAAUUUAGAGAAUAAAUUACUCAUGUCGCAGGCGGAUAUCAACAAUACCAUUACAAUGAUGAAUUCUAAAGAUAACUUCGAACUUGGCAAAUCAGCUUCCAUUGUUAAUCCACUUAAUGCCUUACACGGUUUCAACAUGGCAUCGCCAAAUAUGCGCAUGAAAGGUAAAGAAGAAGAAAUGGAUGGUAUUGUGGUCGACGUUGUAUCUAAAAUUAUGGAAGAAGAAGGAAACGUCGACGCGUUAAAAAGACUCGAGAAUAUCAACAAAUGGUUCUACAGAGAUCCUCAAGGUGUUGUGCAAGGUCCAUUUUCGAGCAUCGAAAUGGCAGAAUGGUACAGAUUAGGGUAUUUCCACGAUAAAACUUUGAUGGUCCGAAGAGCGUGUGAAAGUCACUAUUAUUCCCUUCAUGAGCUUGUCGUUUUAUAUAAUGGUUCACCGUUCGAUAUCAUCACUUUGCAGAAUCUUAGCAAUUACCGCCAACCUCCUCCAGCGGCAACUGCUGCCCCUUCAAUGAACAUGCCACAAGAUGAUUUACUAUUCUACCAGCAACAGCUUCAAUUCCGUACCCUUAUCGCUCGACAACAGCAAGAUAUAGCCGUCCAAAAUGCUGUCCGUCAAUUGUCGCAGUCUGAUCGUUGGAAAACAUUGACUCCUCAUGAGCAGCAAAGGCUCAUCGUGCAACACGUUUAUAAUAAUCCGGACGUGAGUUCCGCUGCAAUACCGCAAGUCUCCGCCCCUCAACCUUCUGUACCGUUGAUUCCUAACUACGUGCAUCCGCAAAUGCAGCAAAAUGUUCCCAAUAGCAAUCCAGCUUUAGUAGUGUUACUUUCUCAAAUGCAACAGCAGCAGCAACAGCAACAACAACAGCAACAGCAGCAGCAGCAUCAACAACAACAGCAGCAGCAACAACAACAACAACAGCAAAAUCAAAACCAUGUUUUACAACAACAAUUACACUUGCAGCAAUUUCAACAUCAGCAUCAGCAACAACAACAGCAAAAACAUCAGGUUCAAUCGCAAGCUAAUCAGGAAAUCAAACAAGAUAGAUUGCCGACAAACUUACUGCAUCAGUUAGACCCUUUACAACAACUUGUCGUGAAGAUGAAUUUGCAAAAUUCUAAUCAGAAUUCGGUGGUUCAACCUCAAGGCGGAAACGUCCAACAAGUACCUUUAUCGUCGAACUCAGUUUCACAAUCGAUGACGGCUCAGAAUGCGGUUAACGAAGAUACUCAGCCUAAUAAUCCAAUUCAUAACUUACUUAAGCAACUGGGAGUCUCGACUGAGAAACCAGCCAAGGUUGAUUCUGUUUGGGGACCUAGUACUUCGACUAUGCCAUCGGCUGCACCAUUAUUGAAUAAUAAUAACGCUUUCAAUCCACAACACUGGUUGUCGCAAGUGGGACGUAUUGGACCUGCGAAUACUACAGUUAAUAACGGACUAUGGCCUGCUGAAGGAAUCCCUCCGAUGAAAACCGAACAACAGAUAAUUGAAUCAUUGAUGAAAGAUAAAAAGCAAGAAGAUCUUAGGAAAGAUAUUGAUACCGCAAAACUAAUAGAAAUGAAAAAACAAGAAGAAAGACUGCAGCAAGAAGAGCUUCGAAAAAAUGCCGAAGAGAAAAAGAAAAAAUUAGAAGAAAAGAAACAAAAAGAGGAGGAGAAACGUUUGAAACAAGCUCAAGAAGAAGAAAGACUCAAGAAGUUGGAAGAAGAGAAAAGAAAAAAGGCUGUCGAGGAUGCUAAAAGAAAAGAAGAAGAACGCCGUCGUAAAGAAGAAGAAAAACGUAGAAAAGACGAAGAAAAAGAUAAAAAGAAAGUAGACGAUGAUAAGAAAAAGCAAGAACAAAAACGCAAAGAAACCGAAGAACUGCAACGUAAACAAGCGGAAUCGCUGCGUCGUCUGAAAGAACAACAAUUGCACGCUUCCGGUGGUAAUAAACUGUCGUUGAAAUCCAUUCCGUCAACCAACGAUCAAGAUCAAAGCAGAUCAAUCGAUUCGAUGCCUAAGAUAACGAAACAAAAUACUACCUUAACUAAUAAAAACGCCAAAUCGCAAUCCGACGAAAAUAAAAAACAAAACGCGGAAGCGAAUCGCUCGACUGAACAGACUGGUAAUAAGCAGAUUUCCAAAUCUAAAUCCACUCCCUCGGUUCCUACGCAACAAAAUCAAAAAAGCGGCGAACCCGAGAAAAAGGAAAAGAAAAAGAAGGAGAAAGCUCCCGUUAGCGCCUGGGCUGACCAGAAGCAAGUACCAAAGGUCAAAUCUCUCGCCGAAAUUCAAGCUGAAGAGCAAAAGCAAUUGGCUAAACAAAUCGAACGUGAGAAAGCCGAACGAUUAUUACAGCAGCAACAAGCCGCAGCUGCGGCGGCUCUCGCUGCUAAAGAAAAUGCCACCGGUAAUAUCUGGAAUUCGCAAUCUGUGCCUUGGAAAAAUUCACCCACUUGGGCAUCACCUUCCUCACCAGCUCCAACAGGUCUAGCCAAUAGUCGAAGUGAGCAAUCGGUACCUUCGAAAGCGUGGAAUGAACCAUCGCGCGCUGCUUCGAAUAUUGCGUCGAAUACCGUUGGGGCGAAAUCCAACACUGCCAGUACCUCUAAUACUAACCGAUCUGCAACUAAUAGUAUUAAUUCGUCUACGCAAAAAGCAACGGCCGCGUCGGCGAAUGUUUCAAAAACCAAGCCGAAAAAAGAAGACGUUAAGAAAGCUGCACCUGCGAUUACCGUUGCUACCAAAAACGAUGAAUUAUCUAAAUGGGGAAUUAAAGCGCUUACCGCUCUCAAGCCGGCUGUGGAUGUUCCGACCUUCAUCACGUUCUUACGCGACGUCGAAUCACCCAGCGAUGUCAUGGAAUACGUGACCGAUUACCUGGGCGAUGGAAAAGAAGCGAAGAGCUUCGUCAAACAGUUUCUAGAAAGACGUUCGGUGCUGGUAUCCGGAUCUUCGGGUUCGAUGAUAAUGUCAAGCACCUCGUUUACGACGACAGUCUCAUCGUCGGCCAGCGCCGGUGCCAAGAAAGCUAAAAAGAAACCCGACGAAAACGGCUCGUCCGCUAGUAAAACUACAUCCACUAAACAGCCAGCUAGUAAGCAAAAUUCUAUGGAAUUUACCGAAGUAAAGGGAAAGGUGAAAAAAGGAAAGAAAAAGGCAACAAUGCGAGUAGAUAACGCGUUACUAGGAUUCAACGUAACCGCUGCUCCUGAUCGUAUCAAUAUCGGAGAUCUAGACUACGGAGAUGUAUAUUAAACUGAGCUGGCCCCAACGUAUGUACCAUGGAAGCGACGAGCAUAUACGUAAUAAUAAUCUAUUUAAGAAAACGAAUAAAAAUUGAUAGGGAAAUACAACCGGAAAAAAAGUUAAUUUAUCAAAUUACCUACAAAACUGGCAUCGCUAUUUUUUCUCAAUGUAUUUUCCCCCUACGAAGCUUAUACGAGUUAAUAUUAUUAUUGAACUACGUAUAUAAUUCGAACCCGCCGAUGCAGAAGUUGUAUCGGGUGUGUUCCUUAUAGAACGGGAGAGGAACGUUUUUUACUACCUUGUUGUACACUGUUAAUUUACGCAAUAGCAUAGGUGUUGAUUUUUUUUUUCAUUUUUUAAUACACCAGAUAAACGAUGAUUUUUUUUCAGAUUUUAGCAUUUAUUAUUUUUUCGUUUGUCGCGUGUUUUAUUAUUAAAUUUUUUUUCCUUUGCGUAGAAAUACUAUACCCUUUUUAUUUUGUAUUGUAAUACGAAAAAGUAUUGUACAGAAUUUUUAUAUAUUUGUUGUGUAAAAUUAUCUGUGAUAAGAAAGUACUAAAAUUAACGUAUACUAUGUCACGUUUGGAAGAAUUUUAAAGUUGAAAAAAGAAAGAAGGUUUUUUCUCGUUAUAUAAUAGUUAAUGUUUGAAAAAUAUUGUUGAAACGUUUCAUUGUUAUUUUACAUGUGUUUUGUUUCGUUUUUCUUUUUCUUUUUUUUUAUUACCCCAUUUUUUUUUUUUUAAUCGAUCGUAUUGACAACGCGAUAAAAAGCAACGAUAAAACGUGUCAGAAUAUUCACGCCUGAUUUGUUUAGUGUCGUCUUGAAAGAAGCCUCGUCGCUCGUUGUGAUUCUUGUUCAAAUGAAAUAUUUUUUUGAUACAUUUCGUACGUAGAAUUAAAUUAAAGAAGGGAAGUUCGUGUCUUGUAAAGUGAAUCGAUACUAGUUCUUUCACUUAUUCGGCUCAUUCAAAUAAUAAUAUUCUGCGAAAUAUUUUUUAUAACAUUUUUUAAACCGCUGUUUUUUCAUCUUUUUAUUAUUAUUUCGUGAGAGUAGAAAUCCAGUAGCUGACAAGGGAAGGUCAAGAAGUUCUCUCCGCUGAUUUGAACGAUGUAGUGACUCGAAGGGGCAAUCUGCGCUUGAUUCUCGAUAUUUUUGAAAUGUGUCCACUUUGAAAAUUCCAGGAGAAGGUUCCCAAAAUUUUGAAUUUCUGACCACAAUUUCUGGUGUAACUUUUCGAGACGAGCAAAAAAUGUUAUUUUGAGAAGGCCACUUUGUAAAAUAACCUUUUUUGUUCGCCUCAAAAAGCUGAACCAGAAAUUAUGAUCAAAAAUUUGGUUUUUGGUAGUUCAUAAACUCUCGCCCUUUCAAUUUUUGAAUUAGGCACGUUUUAGAAAAAUCAAAUAUAAAGUGUAAAUUAUCUCUCCGAGUAUUCUAUGCUGGCAUAAUGUCGUUCGAAUGGGAGAAGGGGUAUUUCUGGACCUUCCCUUGUAAGACACGAACUUCAUUUACGUAAUGGUUGUAUGUAAUUUCGUGGGCUUGUCGAAAGGUACUCGUAUCGAUGUAUGCUGCAAAAACAAAAGAACAGAAACUUGUUUGUCUAAGUUUGUGGUAUUGUAACUUAGUUGAAAAAAGUGUGCGAUAAUAAUGAAAUACGCUUAACCGUUGAAAAACCUAUGUUUGGAAAUGUUACGUUUGAUUCUUCAAAGUCGUCUCUCAUCUUAUUGGAUUCGUUUUUUAAAGCGAUGCCUUGUUUUUUUUAUCAAUAACGGUUCCUCGCCCGGUGAAUUUGAGUUUUUCCUCUUGAACAUUAUUUUCAUUUGUGUAUAAAAAAAUUUGUAUGAUUAUUAUUUAAAUCAUUUUUUUUUGUAUUAUACGCCCCUUUUUUUUCUUACUUAUUGUUUCCAUGUAAAGAAAAAAAAAUCCAUCUCGAUGUAAUUGUAAACAAGAAUAAAAUGAACUUUUUAAGUUUA